AUGGCUUCCGCCCUACUAGGCAGCGCGACUUCAACACUUCCUACCGAGUUAACUCUCCUAGUGCUUGAUCACCUUGAAGGCAACAAUCAGGCGCUAUGUUCGCUCGCGCGAACAUGUCGCAGCAUGCAGCGUCUGGCUGAAGAGCGAGUCUACAAGACUAUUGAGUUGACUUCUGUAGUCGACCUACGAGACGUCAGCGCUGCCUUUCUGUCUCGCUAUCAGCGCCUCCAGGCCGUACAAACGCUCAAGCUACUUUACCAGUACGAGGAGACCACGUUGAAGAACAGUGACAGGGCUAGGGCAGAAUUCAAUAAGAACGUACCGCACAUGAUCAACCUAAGAGAAUGGCAUAUCGAGAGCCCUUGGGAUAAUUUCCACUGGUCGGAAUCUGGCGGGGAUGACUGGGUUGGUACCGAUAUGGAGCAAUUCCGCGCAGCACUUGAUUUGGCCUGCGAAAACGGCCUCAAGGAAACUGAGGCCAUUGCAGCAGAGCGCCAAUUGGGAAAACAUAUGGAGCGCAAAACCGGGUUGGCUCUACUGGAGACACUGACCAUACAUUCGCAUGGCAGAGACACUGAUUUCUGGGACCUGGAUGGGUAUCACUGCCUCUUUCGACACCCUUCGCUUAGGCACCUUCAUGUUUCCUGCAUCGCAUUUCCGGACACCGAGAUCCCAGAACUCGCGUCAUAUGUGAAUAAAACCCCAUUGACGUCUCUAGUCUUUGAUGAGUGUGUGCUAGAUCCUCAAAGCUUGCUCAGCAUUUUGCAAACACCAGCGCAACUCAAGUCGCUAACGCUCGGAGAAAACGUCUACAAUACCAAUCGCUCCAAGGAUAAUCCUAUGCUGAGUAAAUAUCCGGUUGAGUCGCUACGAGCUCUCUCCGCUGUUGCGCAUUCUCUCGAAACCCUUGUUCAUCUCGAUCCUGGUUCGCGAAUCGACUCAAGCUCGCACGUUAUGUCUUCCAUACGAACACCAGGCGACGGAAUGCGCGAUUUUCACUCGCUGAAGUAUAUGGAGUGCGACACACAGUCGUUUCUGCACAAGGCUAUCAUCAUGAACCGCGACCUUGCGCCACCCAAACUGGAAACUCUCCGAGUGCGUCGCCAUUGGGAUUCUCCUGCGAACCUGUGGGAUGAGCCACCUAACUUAGAUCAUUAUGCGGCGCUCCCGUCCAUUUCCACUCUUGAGUUGAUGCAAUCGUCAUUUAUACUGCUUCGGCUGUCUACCGAGGACUACAUAUGCGAGGCGGAGCGUCUCCGUAACCGCCACGCUAAAGCAUACAAACUAUCCAAGGCUGGCAUCAACCUCAAGAUGUUGAUCGAACUGCACAAGACUCGUAGUCUCAUUCCACCGUACCUCCACAACGAGCAGGUACCUUUGGUUCAAUGCUUGUAUAAUGCUAGCGCUGUAGGCUUCCAUCGACACAUUGAAGACCUAAAAGUCCACGAGGCAAAGCUGGAAGCACCCGAGACGGAUCAAUUGAGCGACGCGGAUGUUAUCAGGAUACGUGAAUCGACCCGAAAAACUCUGUUCGGCCUGAAGCAAAAGCUACUACGUCAAAACCGCCCCCUCGCAUUCCAAACAGCACUGUUCGACGAUGCUGACGGCUCGGAGCCCUUUACGGACGAAGAAGGGUUCCUCAUCAACGACAUCGACGAGGACGACGAUAUGGACCUGGACGAUCUAGACGAUGACAGCGACUUUCUUGAUGACGACGACUUUUUUGAUGGAGGCGAUGGUGGUAUGCACAUGUUCAUGUCGUCGAAUGGCAACAUCUACGUUGGCGUGCACGCGGACGGGUCGGAGAAUGAAUCGAUGGGUUCGGAGGAGGAAAACGAUGACAUGGUCGACGCGUUGGAGCAUCAACAGCCUCCUAAUGAUGAGGUGGAUUGA